AUGUUGGUGGCUUCAUGGUCUAUGACUAUGAGCUGGUUUCAUGAUCCAAAAGGAAACAAUACCAAACAAAGAUUAUUGAGACAAACAAGAAAAGAGAAAGAAAAAAGAAAUUGUACAGAUAUGCAGAGGGUGAAUAAUUAUGAUCAGAAAACAAAAAAGCUGGUGCAGUGUCGGAGAACCAUUCAUGCAUUGAAAGCAAAAAAACAAAUGCGAAAACACGCGAAACAAUCACUUUGGCUCAAAGCAUACAAUAAUGGGAAGGAAAUGUUACACGAAAGCUUUUCUGAUUUGGUCAUAGUCGCUUUCAUUACUCAAAGGAUGCCAUUUUUCAUGGGGCAAUAUUGCAUAGCAGAUUGA